CACACUCUAAUCUUAGAAAUUUCAUGAAUUAAAAAAAAAAAAAAGCCUCAUUCAAUUCAAACUUCUUUUCAAUCCUUCAAUACACAUUUUUCUCAAGAUCCUUCACCCUCCUUUUGGCGGCGAUACCAUUUUUGUUCUUCUCCAAUGGCGGUGAAUUUCAACUGAAGCCACACCUUCAUCAUUCAUCUUUCCAUUCCAUCCAAUUUUCCCUCCAUUCACACCUUCCUCUCAACAACUGUGAUUGGAUCUCCAUUGGAAGCUUCAGAUCUGUGUACGGAUCUUAUGUAACCGGCCGUGUUUUGCCCCUUCCUUUUCAUUAGCUCCACUCAUGGCGGCCAACCCCAACUCCGUUUCCUUCAGGGUUCCCUACAGGAACCUCCAUGAUGCAGAAGUGGAGAUGGUGGCUGUCGAUGAACACCAGCUUCACGGGAUCGAUCUCAAUUCUCCUUCUUCUGAUGGAUGUCCCAAUGGAAGCCAACCUGAACACAGUUUUCCCUCUUCGCCCCAUAUUAGAUCUAAGCCCAGUAGUUUGAUUAUCUUAAUUCUCAGUUGUACUAUCGCUGCCGGUGUUCAAUUUGGUUGGGCAUUACAGCUUUCCCUUCUAACUCCCUAUAUUCAGACGCUCGGAAUUGAGCAUGCAUUUUCUUCCUUUAUUUGGCUAUGUGGUCCCAUCACUGGGCUCGUGGUUCAACCAUGUGUCGGUAUAUGGAGUGAUAAGUGUUCUUCAAAAUAUGGAAGGAGGCGUCCCUUCAUUCUUGCUGGGUCCUUAAUGAUAGCAGUUGCUGUGGUGUUGAUUGGAUUUUCUGCUGACAUUGGAUAUAUAUUAGGAGAUACAAAGGAGCAUUGCAGAGUAUAUAAGGGUACACGAACAAGGGCAGCUAUUAUCUUUGUAAUAGGGUUUUGGAUGCUUGAUCUUGCAAACAAUACGGUGCAGGGUCCUGCUCGUGCUCUUCUAGCUGAUUUAUCAGGUCCUGAUCAGCACAAUGUUGCAAAUGCGGUAUUUUGUUCAUGGAUGGCUGUUGGUAAUAUUCUAGGUUUUUCAGCAGGAGCUAGUGGAAACUGGCACAAAUGGUUUCCUUUUCUCUUAAGUAAUGCUUGCUGCGAAGCCUGUGGAAACCUUAAAGCUGCAUUUCUUAUUGCUGUGCUUUUUCUAACCAUAUGUACUCUUGUUACAAUAUAUUUUGCCGAUGAAGUUCCACUUACUGCUGUAGAUCAACCACCACGCUUAUCAGAUUCUGCUCCCCUGUUGAAUGGGAGUGAACAAAAUAGUCCUGAUAUUUUAAAACCAGAACUUAAUGGUUUGAAUGGGAGCAGCGUUGACUAUGGCCAUCAUGAAAAUAUUAAUUUGAAAAAUUCGAAAGCAGAAAGUGAGGAAAAUCAAAGCGAAGGUUAUUAUGAUGGUCCUGCAACAGUAAUAGUUAAAUUGUUGACUAGUUUAAGACAUUUACCACCUGCCAUGCAUUCAGUGCUUCUUGUGAUGGCUCUUAGCUGGUUAUCUUGGUUUCCCUUCUUCUUAUUUGACACGGAUUGGAUGGGAAGGGAAGUGUAUCAUGGGGACCCAAAGGGCAGUUUGACUGACGAACGGGUUUAUGAUCAGGGUGUCAGAGAAGGUGCAUUUGGUUUGCUAUUGAAUUCUGUUGUUCUUGGUAUCAGUUCUUUCUUUAUAGAGCCCAUGUGUCAGCGCAUGGGAGCCAGGGUUGUCUGGGCAAUGAGCAACUUUAUUGUGUUUGCAUGCAUGACGGGAACUACUAUUAUUAGUUUAAUAUCCGUCAGUCAUUACUCUGAAGGAAUUGAACAUAUUAUUGGGGGAAACUCAACAAUAAAAAAUGCUGCCUUGGCUGUUUUUGCACUUCUUGGUUUUCCUCUUGCCAUAACAUAUAGUGUACCCUUCUCUUUGACGGCAGAAUUGACUGCCGAUUCUGGUGGUGGCCAAGGAUUGGCUAUAGGAGUUCUCAAUCUUGCUGUUGUUAUUCCCCAGAUGAUUGUAUCCCUGGGAGCUGGGCCAUGGGAUGCAUUAUUCAGUGGAGGAAACAUUCCUGCAUUUGCUUUGGCCUCUAUAUGUGCUCUUGCGGCUGGAGUCGUUGCAGUUCUUAGAUUGCCUAAUCAAAUAAGCAGUUCUUUCAAAUCCACGGGUUUUCAUUUUGGUUAGAAAAAAGAAGUAAACAGCCGUCAUAUUUUUGAAUAUGCAAAUGCUUUGUUGGCAGCGAAGGAAAACAAAAUUCCUGGAGUUGCUCCCGUAGAAAGAAGGCUGCUGGAUUUCAAGUGCUAUCAAUACAGCGGUACCGUAUAUCUUUCUUUAAAAGAAACUAAUAUAUGCAUUCAAUAUUCAUAUUCAUUUAUUUAUUUUCUUCCCAAUUAUGUGGGUGCCUGUACCAUAGAUCAGUGUAUAUUUUGGUAUUCUAAGAUGAAUAAUGGUGAGAUAUAUAAUGAUAAUGAGAAUGUCUCGCUCCCACGUUUAUGUUAAUUGUUUGGUCUUGUAGAAAAUAUAUAUGAUAACAACAUCAUUUGUUUCUUUUGGUAGACUAA